CAAGGCGCGGACGUUUUCAUUUUGGUGUCUUAGAGGGGGGGGUGACUUUCAACAGAGACUUGUCGGCCUGGCUGGUUGCUUUUAUAUCUGGGUUAGGCUUCUCUACUUUGUGUUAAAAGACAGACCUGCCAAAAUGUCCAGCAAAAGGGCCAAGGUGAAAACCAGUAAGAAGCGUCCUCAGAGGGCCACCUCCAACGUGUUCGCCAUGUUUGACCAAUCACAGAUCCAAGAGUUUAAGGAGGCCUUCAACAUGAUCGACCAGAACCGGGACGGCUUCAUAGAUAAAGAGGACCUGCAUGACAUGCUGGCUUCAUUAGGAAAGAACCCCACAGACGAAUACCUCGAGGCCAUGAUGAACGAAGCCCCAGGUCCCAUCAACUUCACCAUGUUCCUCACGAUGUUCGGAGAGAAGCUAAACGGCACAGACCCCGAGGACGUCAUCAGAAACGCUUUCGCUUGCUUCGACGAGGAAGGAACAGGUUUUAUCCAAGAAGAAUACCUCAGGGAUCUCCUGACCACCAUGGGCGACCGGUUCACAGACGAAGAGGUGGACGAGCUCUUCCGAGAAGCUCCUAUCGACAAGAAGGGCAACUUCAAUUACGUCGCGUUCACGCGCAUCUUGAAGCACGGCGCCAAGGACAAAGACGAUUAGGAAGGGUCUGUUUUUUUUUUUUUUUUGGCUGAAGACCCGUUGAGAUCUCACCGCUCAUAAUACCGCACAUUUAUUUAUUAAUUUUUUUGUAGGACGAUUCGCACAUGUCUGCUUUAGAAGAAAGGCACAUAGCACUACACGGCAGGAUCGAGAAACCUCGUCGUAUAUUGUCUCAAUAUACGUAUAUGUAUGUAAGUGCAUAGAAGUAAACAGUGGAGUACUCAGGAGUAAAACAAUGCUGCAGCAGUGUUACAGGGUUUAGAAGUAAAAGUGAGGAAGUAGGAUAAUACCAUUGCCGUAUUUCGUUAUUUACGCACUAAUUAUUUAAUGCGCUUUUGUUCCGACGCUAUUUAGUUUUUUGAGUAUGACACAAAGUGUUAUAAAAACCAGCCUUUGUAUUUCUUAACAUCGUGCUGAAAUAUUAACGUGAAGACUUACUAAGGGUGCUUACAGCCAAUGAAUUGUAACCACACGGAAGAGGCAGCUUCCUUUGUGUACCUACCAUACAGGCUACAAGAUUGUAAAAAAUGGGCCUUUUCACUUCGUGGUGCAGAGUAAAGCAAUAAUCGUACGCUGCAAAUUCUAUGUACCAAAUGCGUAACUGAAAUUAGGCACCGUCGAGUGUAGGAGGGGAUCAAUGUUGUGAUUGUGAGUUCCCCGAUUAUAAGAACGAAAGCAUAAAUCACUUCAUGAGCUGCUUAUCAAUCUGUGAUUCAUCUCAGGCUUACCAUUGGUUCAGUCCUGCAGCCUAUCUGCUCAGAGAGAACGUUUUAAUGUCUAGUGCGCUUGUGGCAUACCUAGGUGGCAUUCAUCUAAAAAUCUGAGAAACGAUAUUACCUAGACCUGCUCUUCCCAAGUUCACCAGGACAAAUAAAUCACAUUUCAUAGACUCUGGUUAUUUCAGGAUCUACUGCUUAGAUAACGUGUAUAAUAUUGUGCAAUUUAACGUAUGUACAAAUAAAAUGACAUUACUUCA